AUGGCAGCUGCAGGAGGAGGCGGCGGCACCGCCGACUUUAUCGGAGCUCUGAUCUCGCUCAUCUCCAAGUCCGACAUCCGCUACCAGGGCUUCCUCGCCUCGAUCAAUCCCGAGCAGGCCACCGUCGCUCUCGAAAAGGUCCGAUCCUGGGGCACGGAAGGUCGACUCACGGCGCUCGGACGCCCGCAGGAGGAGAUCCCGGCCAGCGACCACGUCUACGACUACAUCAUGUUCCGCGCCGCCGACGUCAAGGACCUCAAGAUCGACGACCCCAACCCGACGCGGCCUGACCCCACCCCGCCGCAGCCCGCCCUCAACGACCCCGCCAUCCUCAAUUCGAGUGCCGCCCCGCAAGGUGGCUUUGGCGGCCCGGGCGGUCCCAUGGGCGGGCCCUACGGUGGACCCGGCAUGUACGGCAUGCCUCCUCCUCCUCCUGCCGGACCCUACGGACCCGGCCCCGGUGGCUACCCUGGCCCCGGUGCCCCCGGAGCUCACUUUGGCGGCGGUCCUGGCCCCGUCUUCGGAGGACCACCUCCGCCAGCGCCCGGUGCCCGCGGCCCUCCUUCGGGUCAGCCGCCGCACGCGGCAGCCCAGCCGCCCGCUGCCGCAGCUGCAGUCUCUCCUGCGCCUGCCCCUGCAGCGGCUCCCGCUGCUGCUCUUGCUGCUGCUCCUGCUGCCACGGCGACAAAGGACGCUGCCAGGAAGAGCGCGAGCCCUGCGGCCGCUGGCGCCACCAACGGUCAAACCUCGACGCAGAAGUCGCCCUCGGCUGCCGCUCCCGCGCAGGCCUCGGCUUCAGCCGACAAGGUGCUCGAGGAGAUGUCGAAGCUGAGCGUGAGCAAGCCGGCCGCCCCUCUGAGCACUACGCGGCUGCCUGCCUCGGCGCAGCUGCCCGCCAUCCCCCAUGCGGCCGCCGCAGCCGCUGCCGCUGCUUCACCUCCGGAACGUCGAGGCCCGCGCCCGCGCCGCAACCAGAACAACGGUGGCGGCCACAUCCACCACGGCCACCUCCAGGACGUGGCCGGCCCUGUGUCGGUGCCGAACAAGGAUUUCGACUUCGAGAGCGCCAACGCCAAGUUCAAGAAGCCGGGCGUCGCUUCGCCGGGCGCCGAGGGCCAGCCGGACGGUGGGGCGGCGAGGCAGGCCAACGGCGCCAACGGGGGCGGAGGGGGCCUGCUAGAUGCCAUUCCGCCGCCGCUAUCGUCGGGCGACGGCAAGAGCUUCUACGACAAGAAGGGGUUCUUUGACAAUAUCUCGAGCGAGAUCAAGGAGCGCUACGACCGAGCAUCGCCGUCGAACGCUGCAGCCGCGCCUUGA